GUCAGAUCACUGCAACAUGACUACAUACACAGACAAAGGAGAAAAGCACGAGCAGGGCAGGUUUCUCUGCUUUGAUCAUCUAACCUUCUGGGUUGGAAAUGCAAAGCAGGCCGCAUCAUAUUACUGUAACAAGCUUGGAUUCGAGCCACUGGCUUACCAGGGUUUGGAGACUGGUAGCCGAGAAGUGGUGUCCCAUGCCAUCAAACAAGGCAAGAUCAUCUACGUGUUGUCAUCUGCCCUCAAUCCUGGAAAUAAAGAGAUGGGGGAUCACUUGGUGAAGCAUGGGGAUGGAGUGAAAGAUAUCGCUUUCACAGUGGAGGACUGUGACUUCCUGGUUGAGAAAGCCAGAGAGAGGGGGGCAGUUAUUAUAAAGGAGCCUCACACUCUGGAGGACAAGUAUGGCAAAGUCAGGCUGGCUGUGCUUCAGACGUAUGGCGACACCACACAUACAUUGGUGGAGAGAAGGGGCUACAGCGGGUUGUUUCUGCCAGGUUUCUGUCCUCCUCUGUACAAGGAUCCCUUUCUAGUAAAACUGCCGAGUGGAAAAUUAGACUUCAUUGAUCAUGUUGUGGGAAAUCAACCAGAUAAUGAGAUGGUUCCAGUGGUCGAAUGGUAUCAGAGGAACCUACUGUUUCACCGUUUCUGGUCAGUGGAUGACAAGCAGCUUAAGACAGAGUUCAGUGCUCUGCGCUCCAUCGUUAUAACAAACUACGAGGAGACAGUGAAGAUGCCCAUCAAUGAGCCCGCCAUAGGGAAGAGAAUGUCUCAGAUCCAGGAAUAUGUGGAGUACUACGGCGGUCCAGGAGUGCAGCAUAUUGCCAUGAACACAUCAGACAUCAUAACUGCUAUUCGGAAUCUUAAGGAGCGUGGGAUGGAGUUCAUGGCAGUGCCAGACACCUACUACGAGCAGCUGAGAGAGAAGUUGAAACACUCAAAGGUCAAGAUCUCAGAGGAUCUGGAUGUACUGCAGGAACUAAAGAUCUUAAUGGACUAUGAUGACAACGGCUAUUUACUUCAGAUCUUCACCAAACCAGUCCAGGACCGGCCAACUGUGUUCAUGGAAGUCAUUCAGAGACACAAUCACCAGGGUUUUGGUGCAGGAAACUUCAAGGCUCUCUUUCAAGCUAUUGAAGCAGAACAGCAUACCAGAGGGAAUCUGAUUGUCCUGACACCAAAUGGCGUUUCAAAGGACAUGUGAACUCAUCGAUAUAUAUUCACUUCACAGCGCUCAAACAGUUCAACAAUGAUUUACGACCAAAAGUACAGUCUGCUCAGGGUCCCGUAUCAGUGUGCUAAACAUUGAUAUUGAGAUGUAUACAGUAAGAACACACUAAGUAUGACAAGUUAAAUGAUUUUUUUUUUCAGUUGCAUUAAUCAUUUCCUUUGUGUAACCUUAUCUUAUUAUGUCUUCUGGCAGUCAUGAUAUUAUGAUAUUGUUUGAGUUUGUAUCAACUAUCAAGAGAAUAUCACAGUUUCCCCACAAGAUUAACAGGAAAAACAUCAUUACAAGCUUGACUCAAGCAAAACAUCAUUGAACCUUUCAUCAAUGAAAACAUUUCACUAACUUUUGGAGACUGAAGUCAUCAUUCUGUUCCUCAUACUGGAAUAAAUACUUUAAAUUGUGCUGGUUGGUUGUCUCUUUAACUUUGAUGUAUGAGCAACUGUAGUAUUUUGUAAUGUUUUAUGUUUAACCAGGCUUUACAGGUGGUACUGUACAUUAUUAUUUCAUAACCAACCUCCAUAUAUUAAAUAAUAUC